GAAGAGGUCGGUGGUUGGUUGGCUUUGACUAUGAUGCUAAGGUGCAUGCAAACAGCAGGAAAUGAAAAACUCAGACGAUGUUGAUGGACCGGAAGAAGUUGCUGAGACGAAAAAAGCAUCAAAAUCGACGAAAAAGGAAAAAGUUGAAGCAAACGGCGAGUCUGAACCAGUUCCCAAGAAACGUGGAAGAGCAAAAAAGAGCGUUGAAGAACCUGUGGAAGAGGAAGAGAACGGUGAAGUAGAGCCUCCAGUGAAAAAACCUACAAAAGAAAAGGUUGCCAAAGCCCCCAAAGAGAAAAAAGCUAAAGCCGAGCCCAAACCGAAACUGAACAAAGCUGCCACUAACUUUAGCAACAUCGAUUUCGGGAUUCCUGGCGGUGAAAAGGAGUUCAACUACAAAAUUUCCUCCAUUAACGUUGCCGGUCUUCGUGCGUUCAUCGAAAAAGGCGGUUUUGAGUUUGUCGAGCACGAAAAACCUGACAUUCUGUGUUUGCAAGAGACGAAAUGCGUGGAAGAUCAGUUGCCGGAUGCAGCGAAAAAUCUCAAAGGUUACCAUCCGUAUUGGUUGUGCAAGCCCGGAGGACAUGCCGGAGUCGCCUUAUACUCGAAAGUCAUGCCAAUCCACGUGGAAUAUGGCAUCGGAGACCCGGAACAAGAUUCCGAAGGACGCAUUUUGACAGCAGAAUACGAGAAAUUCUAUCUCGUUUGUACUUAUGUGCCAAAUGCGGGUCGAAAAUUAGUCACGCUGGACAAACGUUUGCGCUGGAACAAGCUUUUCGAGGCACACGUGAAACGUUUGGAUGCCAAGAAACCCGUUAUUAUUACGGGUGAUAUGAAUGUGGCACACGCCGAAAUCGAUCUGGCGAAUCCAAAGUCCAACAAACGAAAUGCUGGUUUCACGCAGGAGGAACGUGAUGGCAUGACGGACUUGCUGAAUCUCGGAUUUGUCGAUACUUUUAGACAUUUUUAUCCGGACAAGGAGAAGGCGUAUACUUUUUGGACUUAUAUGGCAAAUGCGCGUGCAAAGAACGUUGGGUGGCGUUUGGAUUAUUUCUUGACGUCGGAACGCUUCCUCGGCAAGGUGGUUGAUAAUGUCAUGCGAAGCGAAGUUAUGGGAAGUGACCAUUGUCCGAUUACUUUAUUCUUGAAAUUGUAGUUGGAAAAACAUGACCAAAAGCUGUAAGAUGUUAAAAAUCUGUUAUAGUUUUUAUUGACUUUUCUUA